AUGAAAGAAAACACAGAUGGCCAAAACAAACGACAUAAACGGGCUUUGCUUUUAGACCCCAACUCUCGUCUCCGAGGCCUCACCGUCACCCCCGUGCCCUACACGGCAGUCCCUCCAUACUCCCCGUUGCCCCAGCUCCCCCGCGGCUGCCCGCAGUACCUGCCGAGGCCCAGACGAGCCCCGGUUGCCUCCGGUCCCCUCGGCCGCGCCGCGCGCUCAGCGGCGGCGCACCCGCGCAACGUCAUCCGGGCGCGCGGCGCGCGAGAGGCGGGGCGAGGCUCCGAGACCUGCGGGGGCGUGGCCUACGGCAGCGGACGGCAGAGGGCGGUGCUGUCCCCGUGGUCACUGUAUGGUCACUAUGGUCACUCUGGUCACUCUCUGGUCCCUGUGGUCACUCUCUGGUCCCCGCAGGCAGAGGGCGAUGUUGUCCCCGUGGUCACCGUAUGGUCACUGCAGAGGGCGGUGCUGUCCCCGCUGUCACCUCGUGGUCAGCGCAGGAGCCUCUCCCCCCUCUUCCCCCCCCCCCCGGCUCAGCCGCCCCCGCGGAUCCGCCCCCCCCUCCGGGCUGGGCUGGGGCAGCGGCGCGGCGGCAGCGCAGGCUGCCACCGCGGCCCCGUCCCCGUCACCGUCCCCAUGGCGGCUCCGUGGUGGCCGGCCCUGCUGGCCGCGUGCCUGGCCCUGCGGCUGGGAGCAGCAGCCCAGGGUGACGGGUGCAGCGGCUUCGGGAACCUCUUCACGGAGAUCGUGGAGAACAGCGCCCAUGGGAGCCUGGUGGCCCGGCUGCCGUCGGGGGGGGACGCGGGCAGCGCCGGCCUCCACCUCUGCCUGGUGGGCGCCGACGCCGCUUGGUUCUACCUGGAUGGACGCAGCGUGCGGCUCAACGUCUCAGCUGGGCGCCCGCUGGACCGCGAGGAACUGGAGUCUCCGGUGCUGAUGGUGGCCCUGACGUGCGCCGAGGACGGCUUCUCCCCGGUGGAGUACCGCAUCAUCGUCCAAGUCCUCAACGAGAACGACAACCGUCCCCACUUCCAGGGGGCCUCCGACGUCACCCACAACAUCAGCGAGCUGGCGGCCGUGCACUCGGUGGUGUUCAGCGCGCAGGCGGAGGACGCGGACGGGGACACGCUGAUGUACGUCAUCGACACGGCCUCGCCCGACGCCCGCUUCUUCCGCAUCGACCUCCCCAACAGCGGGAAGGUGGUGCUGGCGCGCGCCCUCGACUUCGAGAGCCGACAGCACCUGGAGGUGGUGGUCACCGCCGUGGAGAUGAACACCAAGGAGCGGUUCAACGCCUCGGCGCGCGUGCGGGUCAACGUGCUGGACGGGGAUGAUCAGUACCCGCAGUUCCUGCCGUGCACGCCGCGCGCCCACCGCGGCCUCACCAUCUGCACCAGCCCCGUCUACACGGCCAACGUCACCGAGGGGCAGCUCGAGGGGGGACCCCUGCGCUUCAGCCCCGGAUCCGUCUACGCCGAGGAUGGGGACAGGGGCUUGAGGGCCACCAUCACCUACUCCCUGCUGGCAGGGCACGAGAGCAGUCGGUUCCACAUCGACAACCGGACCGGGGCCAUCACUCUGCUGCGGGCGGUGGAGAGCAGGGGCCGAACCCCCACCAUCAGCCUCAGCGUCAUGGCGUCGCAGCUGAACGAUCCGUCCAAGUUCGCGGUGACACAGGCGCUGGUGCGGGUGUUGGCCCCCAACCGCCACCCCCCGCGCUUCCCCCUGGCGCGGUACAGAGCCUUCGUCCCCGCCGGCGCCCGCGAGGCCGCGCUCCUCCUCACCUUCGGCGGCCGCGUCCUCGCCCUGCGCGCCCGCGACAACGACUUCCCCGAGGCCCUGAACCCCCAGGUGCGGUACAGCCUCCCCCCCGCGCAGCGACAGCUCUUCCAGGUGAUGCCCAACGGGCUCCUCGUCGCCCGCGCCGAUCGCCUCCAGCCCGGGCAGCGCCACCGCCUCCAGGUGCUGGCGCGGGACGAGGAGUCGGGGGAGACGGCGAAUGCCACAGUGGAGCUGGAGGUGCUGCGGCCCGGGCAGGCGGCGCCGCAGGAGCCGUCGGAGGGGGGGUCGGCGCUGGGGCUGGGGGCGCUGGGGGCACUGGGAGCACUGGGAGCACUGGGAGCACUGGGAGCCGCCGUCCUGGGCCUCAUCCUGCGCGCGCGGAGCCGUCGGCAGCGGCAGCGCCAAGCGGGGGGCACAGCCGCGCUGCCCAACGAGAAGCACCCCAACGUGAGCCUGAGGUGGUUCCAGCCGGUCCCGGCCGGCAAAGCCCCCCCGAACCCCCCCACCCUCUUUUACCCCAACGAGGGCUUCAUCGAGGGGGGGGAGGCGCCCCCCACUCAGCCCCCCCCUCCUCCUCCGCCCCCCCCCUUUGCCCUCCCGGUGCCCCCCCCCGCCCCCCCCGUUGAUCCCCCCCGAAAUAGCCGCUCCCGUUAA